CUGAUAAAUUGUACGAGGGCGAUACACUUGCUUAUAGAUUCUUGACUGCAGCCACGUAGUCAGAAAAUGUUCUAAAUUUAAAUUUGUGAAAUAAGUUGUUAAGUGUUAAUUUCCAAAAAGUUUUUAUCUUAAAGAGGUCAAUCCAAGGAGUUUGUAUACGAUGACGAAAAAAGUCGUUCCAGGGGUUUCUCAAGAUAAUGCGGUCCCGGUUAUCGUUGUGAAUGGAGAUUCUGAUGCCCCAGUUAUUCGGCAGAUUAAGGCGCUCCAACGGCCAUUAUCUGUGGCUGGCGUAAUGGAGCACGCGCUACAGCAUCGUGAGCGUGUCGGGGUGCAAGACUUCGUGCUGCUUGAGGACUUCCGCUCUGAAGCUGCAUUCAUAGACAAUCUCCGGAAACGGUUCAACGAGAAUAUUAUCUAUACCUAUAUUGGGAAUGUCCUUAUAUCUGUGAACCCGUACAAAAAUCUCCCAAUCUAUACAGAGGAGAAAACGAAAUUAUACUACAAGAAGGCAUUUUUCGAGGCGCCACCGCACGUAUUCGCCAUAGCAGACAACGCCUACCGGUCCCUUGUCUAUGAGCACAGAGAACAAUGCAUACUGAUCUCAGGUGAAUCUGGUUCAGGCAAAACAGAGGCUUCAAAGAAAGUUCUAGAGUACAUAGCAGCACGGACCAACCACCUUCACAAUGUGGAGACUGUCAAGGACAAGCUGCUUCAGAGUAAUCCCCUACUCGAAGCCUUUGGUAAUGCUAAAACGCACAGGAACGACAAUUCCAGCAGAUUUGGCAAAUACAUGGAUAUACAAUUCAACUAUGAAGGUGCUCCUGAAGGUGGACACAUAUUGAACUAUCUCCUGGAGAAGUCCAGGGUAGUCAGUCAGAUGUCUGGAGAGAGGAACUUCCACAUUUUCUACCAACUAUUGGCUGGUGCUGAUCAAGCGCUGCUCCAGCAUUUGAAGCUGCAAGGAAGGCCGGAAACGUACAAAUAUACUUCUGAAAAUACCUCAGCUAGUCAAAAGCUAAACGAUGCUGAACAAUUUCGUUCAGUAUUAGAAGCCAUGAAGGUGAUAGAAAUCUCAGAGGCUGAACAGAAAGAGAUAUUCGAGAUCGUGGCGAGUGUACUCCAUCUUGGUAAUGUGAAGUUCGUACAGAAUGAAAAAGGAUAUGCUGAGAUUCUUCAUAAUGACAAUAAUAGUGCUAAUGUUGCUGAUCUCCUCAAAGUGAAUCCUCAAAAACUUCGCGAAGCCCUAACAAGUAGAACGAUUGACGCAAGAGGUGAUGUCGUCAACACUCCUUUGGAUCUCGAACAAGCACAAUAUGCAAGGGACGCCUUAGCCAAAGCGAUAUAUGAGAAGCACUUCAGUUGGCUGGUCUCCAGACUCAAUUCAUCACUCGCACCGAGGGAGAGGGAUCCCAGGGCCUCCGUCAUGGGAAUAUUAGAUAUCUACGGCUUUGAAAUUUUCCCGAAAAAUAGCUUCGAGCAGUUCUGCAUUAACUUCUGCAACGAGAAGCUGCAGCAGCUGUUCAUCGAGCUCACCCUCAAGCAAGAGCAAGAGGAGUACCUCCGUGAGGGUAUCGAGUGGGAGCCAGUCGAGUACUUCAACAACAUCGUCAUUUGCGAUCUUAUUGAAGCACGCCAUAGAGGUAUUAUAUCAAUACUGGACGACGAAUGCCUGCGUCCGGGAGACGCGACAGAUCUAAGUUUCUUAGAGAAGUUGACUCAGAAGUUGGACGGCCACGCCCACUUCAAGUCCCAUCAGAAGGCCGACGCUAGGACACAGAAACUUAUGGGACGUGAUGAGUUCUGCUUGGUCCACUACGCGGGUGAAGUGACGUACAACGUGAAUACGUUUAUUGAGAAAAACAACGAUUUAUUGUUCCGUGACAUGCAGAAUCUGAUGUCCGCUUCCGGUAACACAACGGUUGGCUGCUGUUUUAAGGACCUCAACCUGCGAAGCAAGAAGAGGCCAGAAACCGCCAUUACCCAGUUUAAGAUUUCUCUCAACGAAUUGAUCAAAAUCUUAAGCAGCAAAGAGCCUUCAUACAUCCGUUGUAUAAAACCUAAUGACUACAAAACGCCUAUGCAAUUCGAUGAAAAGCUGGUCUCUCACCAAGUGAAAUACCUCGGUCUGAUGGAGAAUCUUCGAGUACGAAGAGCAGGCUUCGCGUAUAGACGCACAUACGAAGCCUUUCUAGAAAGGUACAAGUGCUUGAGUGAAGAUACAUGGCCCAACUAUCGCGGACCAGCUCGUGAGGGAGUCCAGAAACUUGUUCUAGCCCUCCAAUACGAGAAAGAAGAGUACAGAAUGGGAAAUACGAAAAUCUUCAUCCGUUUCCCCAAAACGCUAUUCGAGACGGAAGAUGCUUUCCAAAUUAAGAAGAACGACAUAGCGACCAUCAUCCAAAGCCGAUGGAAAGGUUAUCGGCAGAGGAAGCAAUACCUCAAGAUGAGAGAAUCUGCUAUCAUCAUACAGAAGUGGGUGAGGCGGUUCCUGGCUCAGAAGCUGAGGGAGAGGAGACGAAAGGCUGCUGAUGUUAUAAGAGCGUUUAUUAGAGGUUUCAUAACGCGAAAUGGACCUGAAACUGUUGAGAACCGCCGUUUCCUGGCCAUCGCCAAAGUGCACUGGCUGAAGCGUCUCUCAACGAGACUGCCGACUCAGGUGCUAGAUCUCUCCUGGCCUCAUUGUCCUGCCACUUGCCAGGAAGCCUCCAGGGAAUUGCACAGGCUGCACAGAGCCCAUUUAGCCAGGAAAUACCGUUUGGCGUUGACACCGUCUGAGAAGAAACAGUUCGAAUUGAAGGUUUUGGCUGAAAAGAUGUUCAAAGAUAAAAAGAACAGUUACUACAGCAGUAUCCCCGAGCGGUUUGUUGAAGAUCGUCUAACGGAGGAGCAUCGGAUCUUAAGAAAUACAUUCAUGGCUUCACCCUCUUGGCCCACUGGGGAACAACUUAUUUAUUCUUGUGAAGCGGUGAAAUAUGAUCGGCGUGGGUACAAACCCCGCGAGCGCGCAUUACUUGCGUCGGACAAGGCGCUCUAUGUUUUGGACGCGGCCGGUCGGAAGAUGUACAAAUUGAAACACAGAUUACCUCUUGACAAGUUGAGAGUCAUUGUGACCAACGAAACUGAUAGCUUGGUGCUGAUUAAGAUACCGCAGGAGCUGAAGAAAGAUAAGGGUGAUCUAAUAAUAUCAGUAUCGCACGUGAUAGAGGCGUUGACAAUCGUUACUGAUUAUACCAAAAAACCGGAAAUCAUAGAAAUUGUCGACACUAGGACCAUUGCCCAUGACCUGGUGAAUGGCAAACAAGGCGGAACUAUUGAAGUGACCCACGGCCCACAACCCGCUAUACAAAGGGCUAAAAGCGGAAAUUUGUUGGUUGUGGCUGCAACUCCAUAAUUCCCGGCAAUGAAUUGUAAACACCUAAUUUAUUUUAAUUAUAAGCAACUGUGGCAUUAUAAUAAACAUUCGUAUGAAGCGAUAAUAUUUUAAUUUGUUAAACUGACUUAAAUAAAUUUUAAUUUCUUUGGUAUUUUAUAAAACAUUCAAGUAAAUAUGGAUUUAAUGCAAAAGAAUUGCAAAUUCUUUGUGAUUAAAUUUUCUAAGGUUUUUAAUUUUAGAUUAAUUCAAAUAAGCAAUAUACACCUAGUCUUGAAUAUUGUUAAAAUAAAUAUUUUUUUAAUGUCAAUAACAGUUCCAAAUUGAAGUUCCUUCUAAUCGGAAUUUAAAAACAGUUAUACAAUAAUCAGUCGUUUACUAAUCUGGUAUUUUUGUAUGAGUCCCAUACUUUAUACUAUUAGAAAUGGAUUCAAAAUAUCAUUGUAUACAGAGAUUGUAUUUGAUUGUAGGAAAGUUAAAAAAAAGUUUCAAGUAUAAAAAGAAAAUGUGUCAUAUACAGCCUAUAUAUAUAAUAGACGUGGUAAUCAAAGCUGAAAUAUGUUCGUUAUAUGAUUUAUAUUUGGACGGGACGUCUAUUGAGAUAACGAUCAAUUUAAAUAUAAUUAAUUGAAAGAAACGUAACCUUUAGUAUCUUCUAGGAAAGCUAACGACAAUGGUCCUUGUGUUAAAUCUCUUAGCCUUAUAUUUAGCCGCGAUCCAAUGCUGAAUCAAUGGUGUCUAUAAUAUUUAUACUGCCACUAUUGUACAAAUUGCUAAAAGUAUUAUUUUUCAAACAUAUGUAUGUUCAUGUGAUAGUAGGUAUGGCCAUAGGCUGAAGUGCCUUAAUUGAAAUUCAUUUUUUAAUAAAUUAUCUUAUAAAG